AUGGCGACGAUAAAUGCUGAAAUGGCUGCUCAAGUUGUUGCUUUAAUUGAAGAUGGUAGAAGUCGAAGGUACGUUGCUGAGGCACUUGAUUUAUCAGUGUCAACUGUGCAACGUGCUUGCGCCAGGUAUUUAGAAACCAAUUCUUUUCAGAGGAAGCCUGGUUCGGGACGCCCUCGAUGUACCAACAACAACGAUGACAGAUUUAUUGUUUUGAAUUCUUUAAGAGACAGACAUCGAACAUCAGUUCAAAUUCGAAACAAUUUGAGGGACGUGCGCAACACUAAUGUAUCCGUUUACACCGUUUGGAGAAGAUUAGCGGAACAAAAUCUGUUUUCGCGUAAGCCAGUGGCUGUACCUUUACUUCAACGUCGUCAUCGCGUAGCUUGA